CUGUUUGGGUGUAACGAAUCGACAAUUUCGAAGCUGGGGAGUCGUCUUUCACGAUGACAAAGCAUAAUAUUGUGAAAAACGGACAGCUAGGAAAAAGUAGCUCGUUCACUGUACUCUCUAACUCCUGAAACGAAGCUGAUCAUGCCUUCCGAAGGCAAAAGAAUGAUCGAUAUGGAUCCCCUGUCACCAGGACCAUGCUUAGACAUAAGCGAUGAUGAGCUGGUGACGAUUACAGUUCGUGACUUGAAUCGCCAACUGAAACUUCGCGGGUUGACAAGGGAUGAGAUAGUUCGAAUGAAGCAGCGCAGGAGAACACUGAAGAAUCGUGGCUAUGCAGCAAGCUGUCGUAUAAAACGUAUCGAACAGAAGGACGAGCUUGAAACUGAAAAAACCCAAGAGUAUAGAGAUAUGGAGGACAUGCAGGAUGACAAUAACUCUAUGAGAGAGGAAAUAGAAUCAUGGCACAGCAAAUACGAAGCUCUAAAGAAGUUUGCCUUAGGUAGAAAGAUCCACAUUCCUGCAGAGUUGGAAACAAUGUAGAAUAUUCCCAAUUUCAUAUUUCCACCCAAACUGAAAAUUUUCUUUGCUAUAGUUUUCCGAGUAAAAAAAAAGAAAUAAAGAAAUAAAUAGCAAACACUUGAAUCAACCAAGUUAUACUGAAUAAAUAUAAUCUAGCAAAUAUAAUUACAAGCCUUUUACUCAAUUUUAGUUUAGUUUAAAGCUAGUAUUGAUUUUAAAACUCAACACAGAAUCAUCAUGAUCACUCACGAAUUUAAAAAACGAUUUAUUUACCAGGCUUCCCGUCGAAAAGUUAUUCAAAUUAUUUGCCAUUUCUGAAGUUAUAAAUGAAGGUCAGUAAAGGCGCUUAGUUAAAGUAUUCAUUGAAAGAACUUUUCCUUGUAAAUAAAACUAUUAAACUAGUUGCAUUCCGUGCCAUAUUACGU